GUUGUGAAACUUUCGAUUAGGCCUAGCCUAUUCCACGUGGUUUACGUUUGAAUCACAGUUGAUGCAUCCAUUCUUUCUGCGCUACACUAAGUAACUAGCUCUCUCGUCUGGAAAUUACUGCUACGCCAGAUAUCCGCCUGCCUUUUCAGUGAUAGUUGGCCGGAAUCAUCAUAUCAAUAUUCAAGUUCAGACGAUUUAAUGACCGGAUAUCUUUGGCCUUGAUUGAAAGGACAACUUUGGUAGAGAUCGUGACAAGGGGCUUAAAAAAAAUUCGAGUAGAAGUAUCAACGGAAUCAUGGUUACCGAUCGUCAAAAAAAUGAAUUGCCUCCAAGCAUGAAAGACCGAAUGAUUUUUUACUCCAACCAUGGAGUCUUCGACCUGCGGGUGUAUACCAGGCUAGAGAGGGAUGCAAUUGAGUGUGCUACGCGAGGCCAAAGUGACAACAAUCUAUGGUCGACAUACAGGUACGGCUGCAUUGGCGCUUCUAACGUUGGUGGCGUCUUGCGCUUCAUGGGGUUUCAAGGCAAUCGACGAAGAGCAAAUCCAUGGGCUCUAGCUGGCAGGAUUAUCGGAAAUGGACGCUCCCUGAAGCAUCUUCCUCAGAUUGCUCGCGGUUACGAAAUGGAGCCAGUGGCAAGAGCAAAGUAUGCCGAACAUCAGCAGAAGAGAGGUCACCAUGAUAUUGAAGUCAAAGAGUGUGGAAUGUUCUUCCAUCCGAGGAAGUCAUUUCUGGAAGCUUCACCCGACGGUCUUGUAAGUUGCAAAUGCUGUGGCGAGGGACUUAUUGAAAUCAAAUGCCCAAGCACGGCCCCAACGGAGAAGCCUUCGCCACUCAACGAGAAGUUCCUCAGACGGGACAAGAGAGGUAAGGUCCAACUGAAGAGGAAUCACCCAUACUUCGACCAGAUCCAAGCGCAACUGGCAGUGACAGGGAAGGCCUGGUGCGACUUCUUUGUCUACAAAGACAACGGGGUGUUCCUUGAGAGGAUUGAACGGGAUCCACAGUGGCAAAGAUCCUUCCUGAUGAUGAUGGACCGGUUUUUCUGGAGGUUCAUUGUCCCUGUCCUGGUUAGCCGGGCCAUCCGCUACAAUCAGGCAGUGGUUCGUAAACGGUAUGGCUGCCCUUAUUGUGGAGAACCAAGCCACAGGGUUUCCUUCUGCUGGUACUGGUUUCCAUUGCGCUGCCAUAAUUGUAAGAACCUUGGGCACAAGGAGAGAGUUUGUCCCAGAGCAUAAGAAUGCUUUCUUAUGCACAAGUGUAUGAUACUUCCAAAGAUAUCGACCGAAGUUCCAUUCCAUCUUUUGUUAAACCUUGAUUAACCUCUUUGUAUUCAUCCUUUGUACUUGUAUGUCUGUAUUAUAGUAACUUUUUAAACAAAAUGUUGUUCAUGAGUAAAGCAUCGGAUUGAUCACUCCAUUGAUUUGUAAACAACUAUUUCAGUACUUGAUAAGGAAAAUGAAAAAGUCUCCAGAUCAGUCACAUUGCGUAUUAGAUUGAUGAUCAUAUGCUCGACCAAUUCCUGCCGAAAGUAUUUUUUUUGGUUAUCAGAUAAUCAGAUUAAGUUUGAUGAACAUAUUAGAGCUUUUAUCUAGAGUUUUUAUUUCGGAUAUUUACUUAUGUCAUGAUAGUUCAAGGCACGAUACAGUUACUUUUAAGUUUUAAAGGAUUUUUUGUUCCGUGUUUCAUAAAGAUAUUUUCAGAUCCUUUUUUCUCUCGAAGGGGGGGGGGGGGGUGAUUCGAGAGCUCUUUUUUUAUAAUCUAUUGAAGAUCGCUUUGCUAUCUGUUCAAAAACAAUAAUAAAGAUGACAUGGCAGACAUGGCAUUAUUAGUUUAUUUCUUUAACCUGUUUAAUUAAAAAAAAAAUGAUCGUCCGUUCGUCUUUUGUAUAGGGCCAUUGUAUUUUGUUCAAGUAAAUCUACAUCCCGUAUCGCAAGGGAAAUGUGUCACAAUGGGAACAACACGACUACGAACUUUUCUUACAUUUUAUGACAUUUAGCUUUAAUUGAAGAAUCGGAGUAAAGGGCAUAAAUUGAGUAGUGUGUUUGAGUUUAACCCUAAUAGGAUGGCUGAAUCACCCCCCCCCCCCCGCCUCAACAUUUCUUACGAUUAGUCCGCUGUGCAAAAAAAAAUCGACCGCGCCGCUAGCUCGCUGAUUUUUUAUGUGUCAAAAUUUUUGACCCUUUUAGGUACAUGGUUCCGAUGUUAUGCAACAUGUCGGAAGUGCAUGUCACACCUAAAAUUGCUCAAACACGUGACUUUGUGUACAAAUCUAAUGCAAAUUUUGCUUUCAGUUUAAUUUAGCCAAAUUUCGUAAAUGUAUCAUUUCUAUUUUUGUCUCGCGAGACUAUAACCGCUGUUUAUAUUGAAUUGCGUAAUUCAGGUGAGACUGCCAGAGGCGUUCAACUUGUUACUGAAUAUAUGUAAUUGAUUUCUUCUUGUUCAUGGUCAGAAUAAAGACCCUGAUGUCCAUCGAAGAUAACCCAAAGUGACGGAAAAAGUAAAAUAAGAACGUAAGAAUUUUUGAAAUAAAAAUACAUUAGAAAUCAAAUUGAUCAUAUCCUACAAAGAGUAUGUGAAUGCAGAUUGUGCUGGCCUUAUUUGUUUGAUUAGAGCGAAUUUUUAUCUCUCGCAUUAAUUAUUGUUUACCUUACAGUUUUGUUGAUUAUGCCAUUUGGUAAUGCUCGUGCGCAUUUUCGUCGCGAUCGCGAGAUUGACGGCUGAUAUAAACUGAUAAAGGAGGCUUAAUCAGCCCCCCCCCCA